ACAAAUGUCAAACCUCACACACAUAAGUCAUAACAAACCGCGCUUCAAUACACGUGCUUCGUGUUUGCAUGAGAAUUAUUUGAAUAUUUUAUAAAAAUAUUGUGUAAAAUGGAAUCAAAAGUGAAACUAAAGGAAGUGUACGAAAUCAAGCAACAGUACAAAGCCUUCUACACCGGUGGUACAGUCGCGUGGAAGUCCGACGGGCAGCAUUUUCUUUGCCAAAACAAUGGUACCAUCAGUAUUGUGGCUAUAGAUAAUCUUAACGAACCGGUAACGUUGGGGGAAGAACAAACGGACAGUGAAAUAAAUGAAGAUGUCAUCUACACGUUCGCUAUCGGAAACACAGGAGCGAACAUCGUAUCCGGACAUCGUUCCGGCUUGCUUAAGAUGUGGGAUAGCGAAACACGUACCGUUCAGAAGAUGUGGAAAACCAUGCACCAAGGUCCAAUUUCGCGACUGGUCUUCAAUCCAUCCGACAGUGUAAUUGCGAGCGGAGGUUCCGAUUCGUCAAUUCGCCUGUGGGAUCCCACGGAACAGGUGUGUCAUGGAACGCUGCGCGGAUGCGAAGGUAUGAUAAACGUGAUCGUGUUUCAUCCAGACACGGAGAGUAAAAUGUUGGUGGCAGUCGGAGAUGAUACGAAGAUACGCGCCUGGAACUACGAAUCGCGCAAACUGAUCAAAACAUUUGAAGGACACUUUUCGCGUGUGACCGGUGUAUCAUUUUCGGAGGAUCGAAAGCACAUCGUUUCAUCGGGAAGGGAUAAAAUUCUCAUUCUGUGGAAUUUCGAUACACAGCAAGCGCUAAAGACGAUCCCAGUAUAUGAAGCGCUUGAAUCGGUUGUAGUCCUACCAGUCGGUAUAAAGAUUGGUGGCAUAAAGCUGAAAAAAGGCAAAAUUUAUGCCGCAUGCGGAGGAGAAGAUGGUCUAGUGAAGGUGUGGGAAAUGACUGAGGCAAAAAUAAUGUACAAACAAUCGAACAGUCUUGUGGCGAAGGCGUCCGAAGAAGGUGGAUUGGCGAUAACACAUCUGUUCUACAGUGAAUCCCUUGGUCAGAUGGCCAUAGUGUCGGCGGAUCAUAACAUUUUCGUGCACGGUUGCGAAAGCUUCGAUUGUGUCCACCAGCUGUCUGGGUUUAGUGAUGAUAUCCUGGAUUUGGUACUGCUUGGAAAACAAGAUCAAUACCUCGCGAUGGCUACAAACAGCAACGACUUUAAGGUGUACGACACAAACACGAUGAACUGCCAGCUGGUAAAGGGCCACACGGACAUUGUAUUGUCACUGGCCGCCAACGAUCGGUAUCUGCUUUCCUCGUCGAAAGAUCAUUCGAUUCGGUUGUGGAGUUUUAGCGAAGAACCGUUCACAAUUCACUGUGUCGCUAUUGGACUGAAACACACGAACGUAGUUGGAUGCGUAACGCUGAGCAAGCAUUCGGGCAAUUUGUGUGCUAGUGUUAGUCAGGACCGUUGUUUGAAGACGUGGAAGAUUCCUAAAAAAUUUAAACAAGAGACAGAAGACGAACUUCCCCGGCUGCAGUGUUCGUUGACCGAGCUGGCCCACGACAAAGACAUAAAUUGCGUUUGCAUUUCACCAAACGAUCGAUUGAUUGCGACUGGUUCCCAGGACAAAACAGCAAAGCUGUGGGAUGCAAGUGAUCUAAGUGUGGUUGGUGUAUUCCGUGGACAUACGCGUGGCAUCUGGGCGGUGCGUUUUUCUCCCGUAGAUCAAAUCCUGCUCACGAAUGCGGCCGAUUGUUGCAUCAAGCUGUGGUCGCUGGAAGACAUGACCUGCCUGAAGACAUUCGAAGGACACGAUAGUUCGGUACUGCGUGUUGAAUUCCUUUCCAACGGCAUGCAGCUGCUAUCGGCUGGUGCCGACGGGUUACUGAAGCUAUGGUCGAUCAAAACUUCCGAAUGCUUGCAAACCCUCGAUCGACACGAAAAUCGUGUCUGGGCAUUAUGCGUGACACGCAACGAGAGUGUGUUCUACAGCGGCGGUUCAGAUUCCCAGCUCAUCCAGUGGCACGAUGUGACCGAAAGCAAACGACAGCAGGAGUUGGAUCAGCGCAAGGAGACACUGUUGCAGGAGCAGGAGCUUAGCAAUCUGUUAAGCGAACGAAAGCUUCUGAAAGCGUUGCGUCUUUCACUGAACCUCGAUCGACCGCUGAGCACGCUAAAGAUCGUGAACGAGGUGAUCAAAACGCGGGAGCUAGGUUUGGAGGAAACGGUGCGGAAGCUAUCGAACGACCACAAAGAACGACUUCUACGGCACGCGGUCGAGUGGAAUACGAACAGUAAAAAUUGCCGGCCCGCACAGCUUGCGCUACACGUUUUGCUGCAGGAAACGCUUGCGGGACGGUUUCAGGUGAGCGAACUCAACAAACACCUUGAAGCCUCACUCCCGUACACCGAGCGACACUUUAAGCGACUCACUGAGUACAUGAAAGAUUUAAAGUUUGUCGAGUACUCGCUACACUGCAUGCAACCUCAUGCGACCAAAAUGGAAUAAAUGUAGAGCAAUGAAUGAAAAUAAAGAGAUAUAUGUAAUUCUAA